ACAGCGACACAGUGUUGCAAAAUAAGUCCGUUUUACUCCAAAUAAAAGCUGAACAGAAGACAGAAAUCUUCAUCAGACUUCAUCUACAAACAACUGAAAGCUCAGAGCCAUGCUGCGCUUCAUUUUCUUCCUGAUGUGUCUUUUGCAGUUAAAGCACACUAUGCUGAGUGUUACGGGAGCUGUCACCCCAAAGCCAAUUAUAGUAAAUGGCACCUACAUGAACCCAGAAUUAGGCAGGUAUCAUGCUAGGUUGAGGAACCUCGCUCGCAGCUGCCUGGAUAUCAAAGAGAAACACAACGGUGCACAGGAUGGCAUGUACGUCCUGACAACAGAAAGUGGUACGUACUACCAGACCUUCUGUGACAUGACCACAGCCGGCGGUGGCUGGACUCUGGUGGCCAGCGUCCAUGAGAACAACAUCAAUGGGAAGUGCUCUCUCGGUGAUCGCUGGUCGAGCCAGCAGGGAAAUGACCGAAACCUGCCUGAAGGAGACGAGACCUGGGCAAACACCGUCACAUUCGGCAGCGCGGAGGCCUCUACUAGUGAUGACUACAAGAAUCCUGGGUACUACGACAUUUCUGCAAAAGACGUGUCAGUGUGGCAUGUUCCCAAUAAAGAGCAGCUGAAGAGUUGGACGUCUUCUGCUGUCCUGCGCUACCAUACAGAGAGCCAGUUCCUCAAGGAGCAUGGUGGAAACCUUUACCACUUAUUCAAGAAAUACCCUGUGAAGUUUGGAGCAGGACAGUGUAAGAGCGAUAUGGGACCCAGCAGUCCGGUGGUGUAUGAUACUGGAGACAAAGAUGGACCAUCUGUUGGAAAGUCCAGCUUCGUAACCUUCAGAGUGUUUAACGCUGAUCAAGCAGCCAUGGCCAUGUGCUCUGGACAUAAACCUACUGAAUGCAAUUCUCAGCAUUAUUGCAUCGGUGGAGGAGGAUUUUUCCCAGACCCCCAGCAGUGUGGAGACUUCACCUCUCAGGAGCAAGCAUUUAAAGCUCUCACUCAAUCAAGCGUGCUGCUCUUCUAUCGUUAGUCUCAUUAACAGACGUCUUUUAAUGUUUACAGUAAAUCACAUGCUGAGCUGAAUUGUACACGUACAAAGUUAAUAUUUCUGGUUUGACGUGUGAAUGUUUACAUCAAUAAACCUCUAAAAAAUG